AUGGAAGAUGAUAGAGAUGUUAUAUUACUUAAAGUCUUAUUAAUUGGAGAUAUUUCAGUUGGAAAGACAUCACUUUUAUUAAGAUAUUGUGAUUCAACAUUUAGUACAACAUAUAUUACAACAAUAGGUGUUGAUUUUAAAGUUGCUACAAUGAAAAGAAAUGGUCGUACAAUCAAAAUGCAAAUUUGGGAUACUGCUGGAAGUGAAAGAUUUAGGUCUAUUGUUAAUAGUUAUUAUAAAGCAAGUAAUGGCUGUUUUUUAGUUUAUGAUAUUACUGAUGCAACAAGUUUUAAUAAUGUAAUGAUGUGGUAUACAGCUUUAAAAGAAGAAUGUCCUGAAUGUGAAGUUAUGUUAAUUGGAUCGAAGUCAGACCUUUCCUAUAGAAGAUGUGUUCAAACACAAACUGCAAUGGAAUUUGCAAAACAACAUCAAAUGAGUUUUUUAGAAACUUCAGCUAAAGAAGGAAGUAAUGUUACAUUAAUGUUUCAACAAUUAGUAGAUUUAAUGUUAAAAAAUAAAAUACCACCAUCUCCAGACAAAAACUCUUCUAUUUCUUUUUCAAAACCAUUAACAGAAUCAAAAAAUUCUUGUUGUUAA